AAAAAACUAGGAUUACUGUAUAUAAUUGUUUCGUCUUAAAUCAGUUUAGAGACACUGUAUGAACAUAUAUUAUUUAAUUUUUAAAAAGUUAAUACUUAUUUUUUAAAUAUAAAAAUGUUCUGGAGAAAAAUCUCACCAAAAGAUAAAUCUGUUUUAAUAACAGGCUGUGAUUCAGGUUUUGGUAAUCGACUGGCGUUUAGAUUAAAUGAAUUGGGAUUCAGAGUCUAUGCGACCGUUUUGAGUGAACAAAGUGUCGGCGCUCAGGAUUUGACUACAAAAUGCAAGUUUGCGGACAAUAUGUGUGUUUUGGAAAUGAAUGUCACGAAAGAGGACCAAAUCAACAGAUGCUAUGAUUUUGUUGAGUCAGACCUACAGAAAAAUGGAUGUGUAUUGUGGGCAGUGGUGAACAACGCCGGUGUUGUCACGUAUGGUCACACAGAAUGGGGUCCUUUCGAUGAGAUCACCAAAACAUUUGACGUCAAUGUGUUUGGUGUGAUUCGGGUGACCAGAAAAUUUACCCCUCUUAUCAGGCUAUCACAAGGUCGUAUCGUAAUCGUGGCCAGUCUUGGCGGGCGUUUAGUAGCCGACAAUCUCGGGGUGUACUGUAUGUCCAAAUUCUCCAUCAUUGCCUAUUCGGAUGCCUUGCGCCGGGAGAUGAGAAAAUUCAAAGUGAAAGUGUCGACUAUAGAGCCCCUACUGUUCAAGACAGCGAUGUAUGAAAUGGCAAAACCAUCGCUCGAUAGGAAUUGGAUGACAACCGAUGACACUAUUCGCGAGGCUUAUGGUGAGCACUAUUUUGCACACCAAUUGAAAGUACUGGACUGGGAGUUCAAAAUAGGAAUGGGCACCAAGAACCUGGAUAUUGUGGUUAAUGAUAUGAUCGCUGCCGUGGUUAGUGUCAGUCCAAACAGACGGUAUACACCGGUCAAUAGGUUUAUGUUUAAAAUAAUUCCUCCGUUCAUACCAUUGUUGCCGCAAUGGAUAGUCGACCGAGUAUUUUAUGCCAUGAAUACUAAACCGGCGUUUGUCAACAAAACUAAACAAAAUAAAAUAUGAUUUUUGUACCUUGAAUAUAAAUUACUAUAGAACUAUUAAU